AGAUGGAAACAGCUCAAACAAUCAAAUAUCAUGUUCCGCCGAUGCUCAUUUUUUUGGUUGUUGUCCUCUCGUGUCUCAGCAUUGGUUUUUUGGUAGACUACAUCAUGCAAAAGUACGGUUGCUGUGGACGGAGAGGAAGUUGCUGCCGGCCAGAGCUGGAAGGAGAUGAGGACGCUGAGAACGCUCAAGGGUCUAUACCCCUAGCAUCACUUGGAACAACUAACGACCCAUUACCAGGAAGACUACCAUUGCUGUCACGAGCUCCUAUCAACAAUUCACGCGUUUAAGUGUCUUAUUGUAUUAUUUUCCCAAUUGCUAUAACCCGCAUAAUCAUACCACACAUUUCAAUAAAUUGUCAUAAUUAUCAUUGAAACCUAGAGAGAACAUAAGUUUGUGUUUAAUUUUUAUAUGUAUAAAGUUAUUACUGAA